CUGUUAUGUGUAGGCCUACAGCCUGCAGAGCCUGUUCAGCUGCAAGACCUUACAAGAUGUAAUCAGCCUUCGGGUGGGAGAGCUGUGAAGGUGACAGACACCAACUUUCUCACUUGUAGUUCCUCUCUGCGCCGACUCGAAAAAGCCUUUCAUUCACAAUUUCUUUUUUGACUGAGCUAGCGUGGCAUUGUGUAUAAUGGAGGGCAAAAGGAGGGGUAUCUUGGAGCGCCUGAAUGCUGGAGAGGUGGUCGUAGGUGAUGGAGGUUAUGUGAUGCAGCUUGAGCGGCGUGGUUAUGUGAAGGCCGGACACUGGACACCUGAAGCUGCUGUUGAACAUCCUGAAGCAGUGCGGCAGCUACACAGAGAGUUCCUGAGAGCAGGAGCCAACGUGAUGCAGACAUUCACCUUCUACUGCAGCGAGGAUAAGCUGGAGAUCAGUGGAAAUGUCACCACCAUCACUGGAGCUCAGAUCAAUGAUGCAGCCUGUGACCUGGCCAGGGAGGUGGCAGAGGAAGGUGGUGCGCUGGUGGCUGGGGGUGUGUCCCAGACUCCCUGUUACAUAAAAAGUCACAACCAGAGUGAGGUCAAGGCGAUCUUUAAGAAGCAGCUGGAUGACUUCUUAAAGAAGGACAUUGAUUUCUUUAUGGUGGAGUUUUUCAACCAUGUUGAAGAGGCCGUGUGGGCAGUAGAGGUGAUGAAGACAGGCGGUAUACCAGUGGGUGCAACACUGUGCAUCUCCCCUCAGGGAGACAUGAAUGGAGUCACACCUGGAGAGUGUGCCGUCAGGCUGGUCAAAGCAGGAGCUGACAUUGUUGGGAUAAAUUGUCACUUGGAUCCACUGAUAUGUCUUCGCACUGUGCAGUUGAUGAAAGAAGGAUUAGAGAAAGCUGGUCUGAAAGCUCAUCUCAUGAUCCAGCCUUUGGGCUUUCACACACCUGAAUGCAACCACACUGGAUACCCAGGCCUUCCAGAGUUCCCCUUUGCUUUGGAGACCAGAGUAAUUACUCGUUGGGAUGUCCACAAGUAUGCCAGAGAGGCUUACAAUGCAGGAAUUCGCUACAUUGGUGGCUGCUGUGGAUUUGAGCCGUACCAUAUCAGAGCUAUAGCUGAGGAGCUGACUGCAGAACGAGGAUUCCUUCCACCAGCUUCAAUGAAGCAUGGACUCUGGGGAGCUGCUCUGGAGAUGCACACUAAACCCUGGGUCAGAGCCAGAGCUCGUCGGGAGUACUGGGAAAACCUUUUGCCUGCUUCUGGACGUCCUAAAUGCCCGUCUAUGUCAACACCAGCAGAUGAAUAAGUGAAAUUAUCAAUAACCUGACCAACACAAACACCUCUCCCGAACAAAAAUCUGUAUCCUGCUGAUUUUUCAAUAAAGAAUAAUCUAUGAAAA